CACGGUGACUGACAUUGUGCCACUGGCGUACUUCAUGGCAGCUCAGUGUCACCACGUCAAGGUUGUUGAAAUAUUAAUAGGGUUAACUUGGAUGUUUGGUGUCCUGACACCACAAUAAUGGGACUGGUUUCAACCUGAGCAGUCAGUAAGCGGUUUAGUAGGGAGGACUUAAAGGUGCACAACCGGUUUAAUUUACAUGGCAGCAACGUUUGGGUCAGACGUCUCUCCUGCUCUGAAGGAACAGCAUUUCCACAUUUCCACCACUCCAAUGGCUGACAACAUCAUUCCAAGCUUUAAGGCAGCUGACCUGGUUAUCCAGCUGUCUUCCACUCCAAAGACCAAACCGGACAUGUUUGCCUUCGGGACCGUCUUCACUGACCACAUGCUGACCAUAGAGUGGAGUGCGACUGAGGGCUGGCAGGUUCCGCUCAUCAAGGCCUUUGGGAACCUGUCACUCCACCCGGCCUGUUCGUCACUGCACUACGGUGUACAGUUGUUUGAAGGGUUGAAGGUGUACCGUGGGGAUGACGACCGACUGCGUCUCUUCAGGCCGAUGCUCAACAUGAGCCGCAUGUCCAAAUCCGCUAGGAGAGCUUGUCUACCUGCCUUUGAUCAGUCAGAGUUGCUGGAGUGUAUCAAGCGACUGGUAGAGAUUGACCAGGACUGGGUUCCUCACUCAGACUCAGCCUGUCUGUACAUCAGACCAACACUUAUUAGCACUGAGCCCUCUCUGGGUGUAAAAAAGCCUACCCGUGCCUUGCUGUAUGUGAUCUUGUGUCAAGCGGGCCCUUACUUCAACAAUGAGGCUGAGGCCCUGUCCUUGUGGGCCGACCCAAAGUACACACGGGCCUGGAAAGGAGGAACUGGAGACUGCAAGAUGGGAGGGAACUACGGAUGUUCUUUGUCUGCCCAGUAUGAAGCAGCGGAUUAUGGGUGUCAGCAGGUCAUGUGGCUGUACGGAGAGGACCACCAGAUCACUGAGGCAGGAACCAUGAACAUCUUCCUGCACUGGAUCAAUGAGGAUGGAGAGGAGGAACUUGCAACUCCACCUCUGGACGGUAUCAUACUCCCAGGUGUAACCCGACAGAGCAUCCUGGAACUAACCAGGAAAUGGGGUGAGUUUAAGGUGACAGAGGGCUACCUGACCAUGAGCCAGCUGUGCUCUGCUCUGAAGCAGCAGCGGGUCAAAGAGAUGUUUGGCUCCGGUACUGCCUGCAUGAUCUGCCCCAUAGGACACAUUGUUUACCAGGGAGAGAACUUGCAUAUCCCCUGUCAUGAUAAAAACUCACAGUUGACUUCACGGAUAGCAAAGGAACUCACAGAUAUACAGUGUGGACGCACACCCAGCGACUGGACCUUCCUGGUGUAGCCGUGAUGAAGAAGCCUGGAACACAUACAUGCACAAUGAGUGUGAGUGUGUGUGUACAAGAAGGACAUACUAUUAUGCAACCUACUGUAAAUGUACAUUAAUAAGAAAACAAUGUAUGUGCAAUAUUUGUAGUCUAACUGCAAUAUGUUGGAGAACGGCUCUGCGGCGAGUGUCAUACCACUUUACCUCCUUUUAAACUUAAAUUAAUGACAAACACACAACUGUCCAAAAUAAUUAACAAAAUUAGGCUAAUUUCUCAUGCAAUAUGGCACAAUAACUUACAGUAACCCAGCCACCAUGGCUUAUUCUGCUGUUUCUCAUCUCCUUUUCCAACCAACAUCCAGGAUACAGCUGUGGCUUUGAUAAAACAUUAAAAAAAAGGAACAAAGUUACAAAGCGGCUACGGUACAUAUGGGUAUGGCAUGAAAACAUUAAUUUAAAAGUCAUGCUGUCUCAAAGAUUUGCAGUGAACUACAAUUUAGAAAGGUGGUACAAAGACAGUUUUCCUGAGUGUUUUAAUUUUCAGUUUAUACUAUUAUAUCAUAGUCUUUCCAGUUUCACUAAACAUGUGAGUUCAUGCUGAUGUCUCUUUUUCAUUUUAUUUUGUGUUGUAAACAGAACCAUUUUAAAUCUACAGUCAGUCAAAUGUAAUGGGUAUCCAUAAGUAACACACACUAGUUACCUCAUGGAACUUGUUAUUUAGUCAGUAGCACUGGACAAAUAGUCAGUCCUCAUCAGUCCUGGUUGUGUUGUGUUUGUGUGAAUGGGGUCUUGUCAGUGUUCUGUCAAAGGAGUACAGAACAGUGGUGUCUCUUACUGUAAACACAGCACAAGAAAUAAUGAGCUGACCAUCGCACAUUUGCACUCAUUUAAAAAGGAAACAAGUGCUUUUGUCCUGAAGUUAAAAUACUAUGUUGUCUCAGUUGUCAAUAAAAUAAUCAUUUGU